AUGACAACACAGAAGCACAAAUCAGGCCAAGAAAAGGAUUCAAGUUGUGUAGGAACUAGAAGAGCUGCUAAAAUCCAUGGAAAAGGAAAAGCUAAGGAGGAAGAGGGAGACGAGGAGGAAGAGGAAGAAGAAGAGUCGGAGGACGAAGGGGAGGAAGAGGAGGAAGAAGAGGAGGAGGAGGAGGAAGAGGAGGAAGAGGUUGAAGAGGGGGAAGAGGAGGAAGAGGGGGAAGAGGAGGAAGAGGAGGAAGAGGAGGAGUCAGAGGGGGAGGAGGACGAACCUGAAGGGGAAGAGGAGGAACCCGAGGGGGAAGAGGAAGACGAAGAGGUAUAG